AUGCCGGUUGUGGAAACGAAAUCAACCCACGAGGUCGCCAACGAUGAAGUUGAUCCCAGCGAAUCGCAAGAUGGGUCAUGGCUCCAAUUGCUCACAUAUGCCGGAUGGUAUCCUAGAAACAUGGCGCAUGCUGAAAAGAAGCUCAUCCUCAAACUGGACUUCAUGAUCCUAACAUUCGGCUGUCUCUCAUUCUUCACAAAGUACCUCGACCAACAAGCCAUAACCAACGCCUACGUAUCCGGCAUGAAAGAAGACCUUCACCUAACCGGCAACACGCUAAACUACAUAACAGCCGUAUUUUGGGCCUCGUACUGUACAUCGAUGAUACCAGCCUGCUACUGGCUAACGCGCACGCGGAUCAACAUCGCGCUGCCGACCCUGGAAGUAGGCUGGGGGCUGUUCACGUUCGGAUGUGCGUGGGCGCAGAACCUGGACACGAUAUACGCCAUGCGGUUCUUCAUCGGGAUCUGCGAGUCGUGCUCGUUCACCGGCGUCAUCUAUGUUAUUGGUUCGUGGUACAAGCCCGGUGAGGUGACGCGGCGGGUUGCGCUAUUCUUUAUUGCUUCGCCGCUCGGGACCAUGUUUGCUGGGUAUUUGCAGGCUGCUGCGUAUACGAAUUUGGAGGGGAGGCAUGGGCUGGCUGGGUGGAGCGGCUACUUUAUCUUCCCCGACGUCCCGCAUCGCUCAAAGCCGCGGUUUUUGACAGCGACCGAGCAUGAGAUUGCUAAUAGCCGUCUGAAAGGCCUGACGGCGCCCAGCGAGCUUAAGGUCUCGCGAGAGAUCUUCAAACGCGUCUUUGGACGCUGGCAUUGGUAUGUCUUUGUCGUUCAUUGGAUCCUGAUGGACCAGAACUUCACGCCGUACUCGACGCCGUUUAGUCUGUAUCUCAAGGCAAAGCCAGAAAUUUACUCCGUGUCACGAGUGAACACGCUGCCGACUAUCGCGACAGCGCUGUCUGUUGUCGCCGCGCUGGUCGCUGGUAUUACCGCGGAUCGUCUGCGAAAUUUUUGGAUUCCGUCUGUAGUGACGACCAUUCCUGUCCUUAUUGGUGUGAUUUUACUAGUUGUGUACAAUGUCGGGGAGAAAGGCCGGUUGGUGGCGUUUAUCAUCACUGGGUUCGAAGGAGCGAUCAGUCCACUCACGAUGAGCUGGGCGACUAUCACUAUGGCCAAUGAUGCCGAGGAGCGUGCUAUAGUCACAGCCAGUAUGAAUGCUAUUGGGCAAGCAAUGGCAGCUUGGACUCAGAUCUUUCAAUAUCCCGCUACUGCGGCGCCUAAUUUCCGAGCUGGGUUCAUUUCUACUUUGGUCACUACGGUCGGGCAAUUCCUCAGUGUUGGGCUAAUCGCCUUCCUCGACCAUUGUGUCCAAGGGUGUAUAAUGACUAUGGCCCCAUCAACCAUUGAGCCAGAGGUUACCUCUGAGCAUACCGAUGAUACCCAAGUUCGCCGUUCUCGGUGGUCGUUCUACCGCUCCAUCCCCUUCCAGAUCGCCAUCGCUAGUGGUGUCUCAUUCACCGCACCCGGAAUGUGGGAUGCCCUGAACAACCUCGGAGCGGGUGGUGCUGCCGAGCCCUACGCUGUCUCGGCCGCCAACGCUCUGGUCUAUGGAUUGUUCGCUGUUGUGUGUAUCGCCGCUGGUGCCAUCAACAACCGCAUCGGUCUUCGCUUCGGUCUCGUUAUCGGUGCGAUCGGUUACCCGAUCUACGGUGCCGGUCUGUACACCAACAACUACCACCCCACCACAUGGUUCAUGCUCUUCGGCUCCGCUUUAUGUGGUAUCUCCGCAGGCUUCUUCUGGGCAGCAGAGGCGGCCAUCAUCAUUGGCUACCCCAGUCCCAGCGAGCGCGCUUUCUACCUCGCGAUUUGGCAGACCGCUAAGGCGGCCGGUCCGAUCGUCGGUGGUGCCAUUAGCUUGGGUCUCAACGCGCAGCAUGCCGGCAAGGGAACAGUCAGCGCCGCUACCUACAUCGUUUUCAUCGUCAUCAUGUGUCUGGGCUUCCCCAUUGCGCUCCUCCUCAGCCCUGCAGAGAAGGUCCAGCGCAAGGAUCGAUCCCUGGUUGUGGUGCAGAAGCAGGCGACUUGGGGCAAGGAGUUCAAGGCCGCCUUGUCCUUGUUCACCACCCGCCGUGUUUUGCUCCUCCUGCCCGCCUUCUUUAUCAGCUACUUCUAUAACGGCUUCCUCAGCACCUGGUUGACCGACUACUUCACUGUCCGGUCCCGCGCAUUCUCGUCGUUCUUCACUAACUUCGCCGGAAUCGCCUCUUCCUUCCUGCUCGCGGCCCUACUCGAUCGCCAAUCGAUUUACAUCAAGACACGUGCCAAGAUCGCCUUCACCAGCAUCGUUGUCAUCCUCAUCGGAACCUGGAUCUGGGCAACCAUCCUACAAAAGCAAUUCUACGAUGCCCCCGAGGCCCCGCUCUUCGACUGGUUCAAGGGCGGAUUCGGCAAGACCUACGCUUUGGUCUUCUUCUGGACAUUUGGCGGCCAAGCCUUCCAGCAAUUCCUCUACUGGUUGAUCGGCCAGUACAGCACGGACAUCUCAGCUUUAUCCUACCACUGUGGUAUUCUGCGCGGAUUCGAGGCUUUGGGCCAGACCGUCGCAUGGGCCAUGCAGUCCGAGGGCGGUGCAAACCACUUCGUCAGCAUCGGCCUCAACUUUGGCAUUACCGUUCUUGCCAUCUUCCCCACGUGGAUUGUUCUCUCUGAACUGGAGCACAGCCACGAGGUGCAGGUCACCGUGGAAGACACGAAGACGGCCUCGGCCGACGAGUCAACUGCUUGA